AUGGCAGGCUCGGCGGCUGCUCGGGCUCGGCUCUGUGCCUGGGGAGUGAGGGCCCUGCGAGGCCGAGGCUUCCGUUCAGACGUGCUUGAAAGCGUGGAGUCGGGCGCGGGCUCCAUCCGAGAGGCCGGCGGGGCCUUCGGGAGGAGGGAGAAGGCUGAAGAGGAUCGGUACGUCCGAGAGAUGACCAAAAUACAGCUGGCUGCCCUGAGGCAGCACCACGAGGACGAGAUUGUCCACCACAAGAGGGAGAUUGAGCGGCUGAAGAAACAAAUCGAGCGGCAUCAGGAGAAGCUAGCCAGACUGACGGAUAACCAAAAGUGA